GCCAUCUAAUUAAUUUUGUUAUAACUAUAAAAGUCACUAUUUACUUUUGCAUAAAAGCGUACCUUAAAUGUUGCCGCCAAAAUUUGUUCAAAAUAAAUUAAAUGAUUAACGUGACACUAACAAUAAGAAGAAUAUUAUAGUGUAUUUUAUAAUUAAAAAGACUUUUUAGUUCUUUGUUUGUUAUAAAGUUUGUUUCUUUAAUUAAGCAUUUAUGAUCUAAAAUGAAACGUUGAUGAUAUUGAAAAAAAAUACAAUAAAUAGGAACAAAUGAUAACCUAAUCGUAAUGGAUAAAAGAAAGAUCCGAUCGAAAGGAAUUUUACAUAAAAAUGUAAAUGUAAUUUCAAGUCAAGUAUCAACAAGUAAUUAUAUUAUCGACGAUGAUCAAACAAGUAAUGAAUUAACAUCACGAAAACGUAAGCUACCUGUUUUGGAUAUAUCAAAAAGCAGAACCAAGAAUGAUUCAAAUUUUUCUUCUUUAUCUCAAAAUGAAAUAAUAGCAAAAAAAAGAAAAAGUGAUGUAAAUCUAGAACAAGAAAUAAAUAAGCUUUCUAAAUAUGAUAAACAUUUACAUACAAUAUCACAGAAAAGUAAGCUUACUCAACAUGAAAAUCAUUCAAAUACAAUUGAUACGACAUCAAAGAAUAAUAAACUUACUCAAAAUGAAAUAUGUUCAAAUGUAACAGAUAGAAGAUCAAAGAAAAGAAAGCUUACUCAACAUGAAAAUCAUUCAAAUACAAUUGAUACGACAUCAAAGGAUAAUAAACUUAUUCAACAUGGAAAACAUUCAGAUAUAACUGAUAUGACAUCAAAGAAAAGUAAGAUUUCUCAGCACGAUGAACAUUCCAAUAAAAAUGAAACAAGAUCAAAAUCAAAAGUUAGGAAAACUCCUCUCAAAACAAAUGAAACGUCUAAUGUUUUAGAAAAAAGUAACAACAAUAUUGUCAUACUAGAACAAAGUAGAAAUAUAGACGAAGAUGUUAAUAAAAUAGAAAUUACUAAAAAAGCAAAACUAUUCAUUGAUUUUAUUAAAGAAUGUGGUAUUAAAUUACUUUUCGAUGGCACGCAUAAAUUCGAUCAAGAAGUUUCAAUAAUAAAACAAAAUAUGAAAGAGAAGCUAAAAAGUAAAGAGUAUCAAAAACAAGAAAUUAUAAAUUCAUUAGAAGAAUUUAUUGAUAAACAACAAAAUUUACAAAGUAUUUUAUCCGAUUAUGAAGUAUCUUCUGAUUAUCGAAGUUUCGAUCAUAUAAGUAAUACAUGUAUCAUAAGAAUUCUAUUGCAAGUACAAGAACUACAACCUGAUAUACAUGUAUUCUUUCUAAAUAAACUGAACGAAUCUGUUUUGUUAGCCGAAUCUAUAGAAAAAAUACCUUGGGCUCGACUAUUAUUGCAAAAAUUUCGUUUUUUAGAAAUUAUUGUCGAUCCGGAUGAAUUAACUAAAUGUUUCGAACAGCUUCUAGAGACUUGUCCAUUUUGGUUUCAACGGGAAUUAAUUCCGUAUAUACCUGAUAUAAUAAUGGAAGUACAACAUCAAGCUAUUGCUGACAUUCUUAAUAAAUUAAUGGAUGAUAAUACUGAUCUGAUAGAUACAGUAUUAGACUGUAUUAAUAAUUUAACACUUGGAAAAGAAUAUUUGAAUGAUUAUAAGGAUAAAGUACUAGAAAUGUUGAAUAAACAUUUAAAAACAAAUUUAAUACCUGCCAUCGCUAAAUUUAUUCUCAGCGAUUGUACAACGGUGGAAGCAUACAAGAAAAUAUUAUGCGUAUUACGCAAUCUCGAUAUGCAGCCUCUUCACGGUGAACAAUUUGAAGAUUGUUAUAAAAGUCAAACGAUUAUGAUCCAAAAUAUUAAAAUGAAUAUUCUACUGUCAAAGGACAUGAUAUCUGCGGCGUUGAUGAUUAUAAAAAAAGUUACGAAAGAUCCAAAACCAAUGGAUAUAAUAUUACUACUUCUUAUAUUGCCUACUGGAUCAUCAAGAAAGAAAAAUGUUGAUGCUAUUUUAAAACAACACGUGCGGUCUGGAUUUUACAGAUUAAGUUUACUUCAACUUUUGUAUAAUAAUUAUAAAGAGGUUGUACGAGAUUUACAAUCAUCCACAUUACAAUUAGCAAGCAAUUUGUUAAAAGCGGAGGAAAGAAUUUAUGUUGAUUUUGCUAUUGAAUGGUUGAGAUUACAGUUUCUCAGUCAAAAAGAUGCCAUUCAUAAGCAACGUGAAAUAAUAGAAAAACUUAUUUUGCUUAUGGGUAAUAAUGAUCAAACAGCGAGGAAUGCCCUUAAAGUAUUGUGUAAAAUGGCAGAGGGAAAAGAAGAAAAAGAAUAUUUGUAUAAGCAUUGCAAUCAUUUGAGAAUUCUAUUAGAAAAAAUAGAUCAUUUUGGUAUAGAAGAAGUUGGCACAUUAAAUGACUUAUUACACAGUUUAUGUUCAAGUACACUAGCAGAUACUUUACGUGAUGAUUUAUUUAUAGUAUUACAAAAGCAACUUUCUGCCAUUAAACCAUUAAUCAAAUGCAAAGGAGUUCUUGCAGCAGUAAUGGCAAUAAAACAUUUGGCGUACAAGUCAGACACUCAUAUGUCUGCUCGCAAUUUAUUCAAAAAAGUUUUACAUGCAGUAAAAUCAUAUCCACGUUCGCAGGCAUUAUUUUAUGAUCAACUGGCACAAGUUAUUUCACAAACCGAAUCUAUUAAUGAAGAAUUCCUUCAAUACGUGGUCGCUUAUCUACAAGAAGAAUUAAUCAAUACGUACAUGGUUAAUAAAUCAGAUUAUAACGGGGAACUUAUACCUAAAUUUGGUUUGAAUAAUGUUGAUGAUGAGCCACAGAAUUUGGUAUUAAAUUUUAGUAAUAGAAAGUACGGAGCUAUUGUGCCUAUUACGUUUAGAUUAUUAAAAACCUGUUACAUGAAGCUCAGUGAAAAUGGGAACUUGGAAGAAAUAGAUUCUUUGUUAGGAUGUUCCAUUCUAAUGCCAGACAAUUUUGAUGUACCGGAGCCUUUAACAGUAGAUCUUGUAAUAUCUUGUAUUAAUUGGUUUCGAGAAAUUAUAAGCGGCUUUGUAACCCAAUCACAACCUUUAUUACGAAAACAAGUAUUAACACGGUUAAACGAUUUAAUGUCUUUGCAAGGAGAAUUAAGUCCAAUGUUAUCCCUUUGUGAUUCAAAAUAUCAACCACCGCCAUGUUAUUUUCAUUAUUUCCCACCACCACCCUUUUUAAAAGUCGAAAAAACUAUAAAAAAGAAAGGAAGAAAGAAAUCAUUAGAAAAAACUGUAAAUACAUGUGGCGAACAAGGAAGUUGGGAAAUGGGUUCUACAUUGUGCUUUAAAAAUCCAGCCUAUUUUAGAAAACUCGAUGCCAAAAUAGUACAUUUACUAGAUUUUAAAUUAGAUUUACAUGCAUCGCCAACAACAGAAAGCAUUUCAAUAUCCCAAGUAUGUUUUAUUGUUAAAGAAGUCCUGGGAAUGUUCGAAAAUGAUCUUAAUGAAGCAUUUGUGAAGGAUAUUAUAAAUUUGUUGCCAAAAAUAUGCGAGAAGUUACAUGAGAUUGUAGAAGAACUCAGAGAAGAAGACGUCGAUGAAAAAAGAGAAGCAGCAAGAUUAAUAUUAUCUCUUUUAACAACAGUUUUUAAUUGGAAAGAAUUUCAUAGUGCUAUUUAUAAUCCAUUACUUCGUGAGGGAUUAAGAAUAUUAGCGUGUCAACAAAAUGAUUCGAAUUUAACGCUUAAAUCUUGCAAAGAACUUGUUACUGAAUCAUGCAAAUAUAUUGAAUCUUUAUCUGAUAUAGCCACAAGAAUAUCAAUCAGUGUUGCUCUUAUUACAACUAAUCAAUCAGUAAUGAAACAUUCAGAAAGUUAUAUGCUGGAGCAUAAAGAUAAUAAUGCAAAAAUGGCAUUUGGAUUUUUAUCUUUGGACUGGUCUAAAGAUAAACACGCUGGUCCUUCGUAUAAAGCUGCUGUUAGUACAUUAAUAAGAAGUUGGAUUGAUUAUGAAUUAUCACCGCUCGAUACCAUAACUAUGUUAUUGGAAUGGUUACCAAAUGAAGUUACAAAAUUAGAAAAAUCAAACGAUUACUUGGAUAGAUUGCCAUCAAUAAAUAGAAAUAAUUUUCACUUACUGUAUAAAAAGAUAUUCGAUGGUAUAAUUAAAGGUGUGAAAAUAUCUUUAUCGACAGCUACUAGAGAUCCUGAAAGGAUACAAAUAUGGCUAGAUGUUGGAACGAAUGUUCAAAAAAUGGUACAAAUAUGUAAAACAUUGAAAACAAAAACUAAUAUACUUAUCUUCUUACGAUGUAUGCCUCUCCUUUUACGAUUAUUCUUAAAUUCUGGCAUACCAAUUUUGGAACAUAAUUUAAAAUACCAAUCAGAUGAUAUAACUAAAUCAGUAAAAUUGAUGCAAGUUGGUACAAAGUAUUUGCAUGCAGUAUGUUGCGAUGGGAUGGAGAAAAAAGACACGAUAUUAUCAAAACAUAUACCCGCAGCAAAAUCUGUGCUUGAAAGAUUAGUCUAUAGCGUGAAAGGAAUGUUUGUACUAAACAACAGUUCUACAGCAUUUUGGAUGGGAAAUCUUCUAAACAAAAAUUUAGAAGGUCAAGAAAUACUUUCUCAGGUAACAUCAUCCGAAGAAACGACGUUACCAAGCAUUGAUUCGAUUACGAAUGAAACAUCAAAUAUAUCGUCGGAGCUACUACAAAGUGAUUCAAAUGAUGAGAAGUCUAUAGAAAAUAUGGAAGAUGGUGAUGGUUGUGAUGAUGAUGAUGAUGAUGAUGAUGAUGAUGAUGAUGAUAAUGAUAAUAAUAAUGAUAAUGACGGUGAUGAUAAUGACGAUGAUGAUGACAACCCAAUAUAAGUGUUAUAUACUAUAUUAACAUGCAACCAAUUAUCAAAAUCAGUUUUUCUAAUUACCAGUUAAGAUAUCGUUAAAUAAU